ACUGUGCCAGUCCACGUUUAACUUUCGGAAGAGAGUUGGGAGUGAUGUGCAUGACGAUGAGGAUCGAUCGCGCGGGGGCGUGCGUGAUGCCACGGAGGAUGCCAGGGCUCCAUUCACGGCGCAAUUCAGAGAGGUUUCCCUUCGUGAUCAUUUGGGGGCGUUCGUAGUUGCGGCUGACUAGUGUGCGUGUUUCUCAGAGAAAGAGAGAGAAGGGAGAGCGAGCGAGAGAGAGAGAGAGAGAGCUAGGAGAGGAGAGGAGAGGGAGAGACUUGUAAAUGAAAUGCUUUCAGAAGGGGGCUGACGGGGAGGAGGAAGCCAUGCUUUGGAAGAUUUGAGUUAAUGUGCCUCCGAAACGGAAUUUCCGACAGAACGACACGAUGAGGCUCCCAGCUCGCACCCAUUAGCGCAGCCCCCCAGUUCUGCGGCCCGGGGUUUGGGGGGUCUGCCUGGAGGAGAUCUCGCGCUCGCCUAGCGGAUUGCUCUCACUCUGUUUUAAGGUGCCAUGGACUAGACAGAGGGAUUAGCGUUGCGAAGCACAGGUGCAGAGAGGUGGAGACACCAGGAGCCCACCUAAGAAUCCCAGGGUGACAGCCAGACAGACAGACCCCGGAAGCUCAUGGACAACAGUGUCUGCUGACCACCUGAAGCGAAGUCUUGUCUUCUGGGGCUUGGCCAUGAUGUUUCGCGAUCAGGUGGGGGUGCUGGCGAGCUGGUUCAAAGGAUGGAACGAAUGUGAGCAGACAGUGACCCUGCUGUCCCUGUUGAAACGGGUGAGCAGAACCCAAGCCCGCUUCCUCCAACUGUGUCUGGAACACUCGCUGGCCGACUGUGCUGAGCUGCUGCUGCUGGAGAGUGAAGCCAACAACCCAGCUUUGAUCAGCCAGUGGAAGGUGGAGCCCAAGGACCGGGCCAUCGCUCUGAUCCUUGCCCACUUACCUCUUCUUAAACCGGGUAAUGAAGAUGCCAAGAGCGAGUACAUGAGACUGCUCCCAAAAAUCCUGGCCCAUUCCAUUGACCAUGGCUGCCACCUAGACGAGAGUCGGCAGCUCCUGUCUUAUGCUCUGAUUCACCCUGCCACCUCACUGGAGGAUCGGGCUGCCCUGGGUCUGUGGCUAAAUCAUCUAGAAGAGCGAGCUGCUGCACGAGGUGCUGAUUCUCUUGAGCGAACAACCACCCCUCAUCACCAGGUGUACCAUCCCCAAAGACGUGGAUCAGAUGAUCGUGUCAAUGGUUGGCAAAGCCCGCGAGACUCGGGUAUUGGCAGUGGUGGUUGGCAUCACCAGAGCUGUGAGAAUGGACAUCUUUCAGUCAACCCAAACGCCUCCAUCCCCAACACCAUCAACUCAAUUGGUACCUGCAGCGGGUCCAACAACAUCCUCUCCAGUGGGCAUAGCCCUCUGAAACGUUCAGUGUCUCUUACCCCUCCUAUGACUGGGCCAAAUCAGUCAAUGGGUCAUGGCUGGCUGUCCCAGGAGGACCUUCGCUCUCGGGGCCCCAUUUCCGACCAUGCACCCCUUUCUCCCCAGAGUAGCAUAGCAUCUUCAGGCAGUGGGGGCAGCGAACAUCUGGAUGACACACAGAUGUUGACUACCAGUUCACAUCGAAACACAUUCCAUGAAGAUGGUAGUGGCAUGAAGGAUGUACCAGCUUGGCUGAAAAGUCUCCGUCUGCACAAAUAUGCCAGUCUCUUCUCAAUGAUGAACUAUGAGGAAAUGAUGUCCCUUACAGAGGAAGAUCUGGAAUCACAGAAUGUUACCAAGGGAGCUCGUCACAAGAUAAUCAUCAGUAUCCAGAAGCUGAAGGAACGAGAGAAUACACUACGCUUACUAGAGAAGGAUGUUAUGGAAGGAGCUGGAGGUCUACGUACACCUCUGCAGGAGCUGCACCAGAUGAUCCUCACUCCGAUCAAGCACAGCAACAAUGAGGAGCAAACACAGCACCACUUGCUGAGCAGUGAGAGGAAGGGCAGUGACCACGGCCAGCAUCUGGAUGGGGCAGAAGGAGAUUCAGGAGGCACGAUUAUUUCUGAAGGGGACCUCCCUGCACAGUUCACCCGAGUGAUGGGCAAAGUUUGCACUCAGCUCCUUGUCUCCAAAGUAGAUGAAGAGAACAUCAGCUCCUAUCUGCAGCUGCUUGACAAAUGUCUCCUCCAUGAGGCCUUCACAGAGACACAGAAGAGGAGAAUGUUGUCAUGGAAACAGCAGGUGCAGAAGCUGUUCAGAUCAGUGCCACGAAAGUCCAUUAUUGACCUGGCAAGCUAUCGGCACCCUAGAAGUCGUGCUUUCGGACAAUCUAGUUCCCUGCCGACGGUGGGCUGCGUGGGCGGAGGAAUUUCUGCUCGACGAAAUGUGCGCCAGUUCCAUGUACCAUCUCGAAGUCUGCCAAGUGCACGAAUCGGACUUCUUGGCACCAGUAGCAUCCUAGGAACAUCUCACCGCAGCACUCCAACGUGCCUCAAACAGUGCAGACAGGGCUUGUGGUUUGCCAACCCAGGUGGCAGUAACAGUAUACCAAGUCGUUCCCAUAGCUCUGUGCAGCGGACCCGAUCACUGCCAGUCCAUGCCACACCACAGGCCGCAUUUAUGUUCCAGCAGGCCGAGUUCCAAUCGCCAGCAACAGAACCUGACAUCAACAAUCGACUGGAGUCCCUGUGCCUGAGUGUGACUGAGCAUGCACUGGAUGAUGGGGUUGAUCGCACUUCAACUAUCUGAAGCCAGCAACUGAAGACAAGAGUCUACAAAUACAGAGCCGGCCAUGUCGGAGUGCAAGGAUGCCCUUCAAGGAGGCUGCCAGUCCACAUGUCUGCCACACAUGGCAAUCAGAAAGUUUGCAGUACUCCAUUCACCUUGUCACCAUGAGCUCACUGCCAUGCUCCCAUUUGUUUUUGUCCUUUUCUUUUCUCCCACAGUGUGAUAUGAGCAAUGAAAGGCAAGUUUGUGGGCAUCAAUGCAGAUGUACGCCCCAAAAACUAAAAAAAAAAAAACCAAAAAAAAAAUCACUUCAGAUGAGCAUGGCGCCUCCUCUCUGGAUUGGAGCAGCAGUGGUACCUGUGCUGGUGCUACAAAUGCACCCCCAUCAGUGAGCCAGGUGAUACACAAGUGGGCAGAGCCAGCAAAGCCAGAACCAUUCAAGGUGUGCGACCAAAACAACAGAGAGAAAGAAAGAAAGAAAGAAAGAAAGAAAGAAAGAAAGAAAGAAAGAAAGAAAGAAAGAAAGAAAGAAAGAAAGAAAGAAGACAAAGUUCAACUUACUGCACUAAACAUUCAGGAGUCAGGACAUGGUGUGUAGUUAGAAUCUAUUACAGUAUUGUUUACAUAAAAGGAGGGUAAUAUGGCCUUAGAGAAAUCAUUCAGAAAUUGCAUAUGAAUGUUCUUUUGUGGGGUGGGGUUGCAUUGAGAUUUAGUGCUUUUAAUACAUAUCAAUUUAUAUUUUUAGACAAAAUCGUAAAUAUGAGGGUAUUACUGUAUGUGUUUUUAUUAGAUGAUCAGUGUGACUGAGAUAGGACUGCGGAUGUUGAUUAACUGAAAAAGCUAACUAGAUGUUGUGAGGAUAAAAGGAUGUAGUGUGGUGCAUUGACCAAAUGAGAGGAAGUGGGUUAUUAUCUUAACUUCUCAUUUGCUCCCAUAUAGCAUGUUGUCCUAUUUUUUUUCCUCACUGAGUGAUGCCAAAAUUGGACAAAGCAAGUUUGAGCUUGUGCCACUGUCAACCCCACGCACUCUCUUUGGAACAUGCAUGAGUAAUCGAGCUUUGGAGGGACUGAGCUUGGAAUUACAUUUGACAGUUUCAGUGGUGAGGACAGUAGGAAUAAAGCAGAGUUACAGGGUGUAGUCAUGUAACAGAAUUAAUAUGACUACUAUAAUUUGCAGUGGUGGUACAGGGCUGGUGGUGUGCUGGUCCUAGUAGCUUCACCGCAGGACUGAUUUGGAGAGGGUCAAAUUCCAGGGAUUUGCUGAAAUGCAGCAGUUGAAGAUGCAGGUGGUGAAGUCAUAAAGAGAUUUAAAGAAAGUAUAAGUGACAGGAUGGCAGAAGUACUAGAGUGUUACAUAGCAAUAGAGGCAGGUGGAGAACUAUAGAUGGAUGUGCUCUGCUUCUAUCACUAGCAACCUAUCUUGUUAUGUAAAUAUACAGAUCUGUGUGGAAUUUAUUGUGACAGGGAGUCAUGCCUUAGACUGACAUAUGACACGUUCAUGUAGACACAAGAGAAUGAGUUCAUCCCAAAAACCAGUCAACUAUUUCUUGGUAUUGAGGGAGGGCUUGCUAGCCUUCUAUCCUGAGCCAUUAACUUGGCUCUGAUGUAUGGAUUGCUAGUUUUCUUCUUCCUCUAUGGCCCUCAUUUUUCUCUCCUAACUGUAGAGUGAGGGCCAUUUACUUGUGUUAAACAACAUCCAACUCACAAAGCAACCAUUUAACGCUUCUCUCUUCAUAUGGUCCCAGCUUAAUUAACCUUUUCUGGCUGGCCAGUAUACCCCAUGCUGACAUUAAGGAGUAGGUCUUUAAGAAGAUAUUUGUAAUAGCUCAAAUUGACUAAUGAGUCCCAUGUGUCCUUCAGGAAGCCUGUCACAAUAUCUAUAAACACAGGGAAUGGAUUAGAUAGAGAGAAAUGUUUUGACCUGAGUCAGUAGUCUGUGACUUGACAGCCCACUUCACUCUUUCAGACGUGGGAAUUUGUAGAUAGUUUUUCUCUCCAACAGAAUGUCUUUUUCUUUAUUUAACCCAGCGGGGCAUCAUUGUUGUGAAUUUAUUUUAAAUACAGACAUAGCCUUAAAAAGAAAGGUGCCAAAAAUGUUUAGUUUGUAAAAUCUAUAACUGAAGUACAAGUGUUAUAAAAGGUCUGCAUGUCAGACAGCGUGUCAAGGGAUUAUUUGUCAAGGGAAUAAGGUAGCUACAUGUCUGGGGUGGUCAGCAUAUAAACAGCAACGACCAGCCCCUCUCCUGACACCAUGGAGUUAAGCAUAUGUAAAUGAUUACUCCUUUUCUGCAAGUUAUUAUUCAAUAUGUUAGUUUUAUUAUUUAAGAACCCACGGUUGUUGAUUUGCUAUUUUUGGUGACCAUCUAAAAAUCACAUAAUCAUUGGUAUGCUGGCUUUUCUGUUUUCCUUUACAUGACUUGUAUGAUUUGAACAUGAUACACUUGGGUCUUGGGUAAUUUGUGGGGUGGGGAGAGUUUGCAGUUUAGAGAUUACCUCGGUUGUUUAGAUGUUAACUCAGGUUGGAAAUGUUUGAAAGAACACCCCAUCUGUUUAGUGUGGGUUAGCAGAGGGGUGUUGUCUCAUACAAAAUUUUGUUUUGCAAAAGAUGGUGGCAAAAACACCAUGCUGAGCUGGAACAAAAGGACUGAUGUUGGUCAGGGAACAUGAAAAGGUGGGGAACUCAGUAGAUGCGGGUCUCCAUUUUAAUCUAAAUAUGUGCAGCACGGUUUUGGAUUUUUCAUUCUGCAGAUUACACUGCUUGGAUGGAACCAUUUACCAGUCAAUCAGGGAUGGGCUCCAAGUGCAGAUGUGUCUCCAAGUCCAUUAUGUUGCAAGGCUUGCCCAUCAAACCAUGAUCACCUUGUUCAUCCUAGUUUAGAGUGCAAGGCAACAGCUAGCCAAAAUAAGGCCAAACCAGCAUUUUGGGGUACUAAAAGAUCCCUCUUUUUCCAAGAAACCAAGUCACUACACAACUUUAAAGCUGUCACUGUCUGGGGAGAUCCACAUUACCAAUCAUGAGGCCUAUGCUGCCUUGAAACUGGAGGCUGUAGUGUACCAGUAGACCUCACUAUUAGAGUUUAUUGGGGUGCUGCAAGGCCUCAGUUUAUAUGGACACACAACAUGGAGUAUUGGUUAGGGCUGCUGUUUCAUGGAUCCAGAGUCCUGGGUUCAGAACCUAUCCCAGGUACUGUGUUUUAGAGUUUGCAUGUUCCUUACAGGUUUCUUUAUAUGAAAAGAAGGUUAGUUUAAUUGGCAACUAACUCUAUGUUGACUCCUUAUGAAUAACUAUUCCAUGUGAUUAUUUGGCAACCCAUAGAGGGUUGUCUCCUGCUUGGCACCUGGUGCUUCUGAUAAAGGCUCUAGCCAUGCAAAUUGGACAUUGAUAAUGGAAGGUUGGAAUUUGUGUAGACUUUUCCAAUAUAUUUGUAAAUUAAUUUACUGAUUUCACUUUGAUAAAUUACAUUCAGCAGGCUAAAACUGGGCCAGUGCUAUUUGCUACUUCCCUUUUGAAGGAAAGAGGUCAACUAUAAGUAACACUCAAAAGCGAAAACAGCAAUAUUUGCAAAAUAUUUGAGUGGCUGGCUUGUCUAUUAAAGUUCUGUGCAAACUAAUAGGCCACUCCAGUGAUAGGUACCAACAUGUAAGCUCUAUCUAAAUAUUGCCUGAUACCCACAGUGGUUGUCUCACAUUAACAAGUAGCAAAAAAUGCAAACAUCAUUGAAACUUGUGCCAGUGCCCACUUUAACCAGUCAAUACAUUUAAAUUGCGGUAAGUGAGAGAAUCUUGCAAAGUUCUGACACAAUGGAGUCUAGUAGCAAUCUUGGGAACCUGAACACUCCACUGUCCCAAGAGACAUCAUGUGUUGGGUGUUUAGACUGUCUGCAGUGUCAUUACAUAUCACUGAAAGACAUCAUGAAUGCCCUUUUGGUCCAGCUUACUUUGCAGUUGAGGCAUCUGGAAUCCACAGUGUCCUUGCCACAGAGACUCCUUGUAGCACACCUCCAUGGGAGAGAGGCAGGAGUACAUUACAGUUGUUGUCACAACAAAUCCACCUUACAAAAACACCAGAGGCCAUAUUUUUCCAUCUGUCUCAUAUGUUCCUAGGUAACAGCAUGUGUUUGAAUGUGUAUACCCUGGCCACCGUAUACGAUUGCUGGGUUGAUACUAAAAGUUCUCUGAAAGCUCAUCUUUUGCACAGGGAAUGAAAUUCAAAUAAAAGUGUUAGUUUUUUUUUUUUUUUUUUUGUAACUUGUUAGAGGGUUAUUCUAUUUUAAAAUAUGUUUGUUAAAAAAAUAAACACAUAUUUUGUUUACUUGCCUAAUCAUAUAAUUAGACUAUAUUGCAGUACUGUGUUAAUAGUGUUGUUCGCUCUUGCUUUUUAUUUUUUGUUCGCAUGAUGUGCCGUUAAACUUGAUUUGGCAGUGACUUGCAUUCUUGGUUAUAUGGCUGAGCCAGUUUGCCAGUGACCUUCUUUUUCUUAUUGAACAUUAUUGUAACAGAUUAGAGGGACUACUGGUACCACUUCUUUGUUCCAUUCACAUAAGAUGUACAGGGCAAUGACUAAGUAAUUAAGAGCUUUUUUAAGUUUAAGGACAUGUCACACAGUUGAGGAAUUGAAAAUGUGGGUCACAAUGUGUUAAGUAUUUUAGUAGAUAAAGAUUGUAACUGUAUAGAAGGGAAUCAUAAUGCUGGAGCACUUCACUGUGAUACCUGAGCUAACCCCGUCAUAGGCCUGCAUUGACUGCAGGGUCACAGCUCAGUUUAGAGAGUAUAUGAUACUAACAGAAAGUAAAAAGAAACAAUAAAAAAAAUAAACUCUAAAUGAGAUAGAGAGAAAUGCAGUUAUUUAUACAGAUGCAUGCUUUAAGCUGUGAGGCCAGAGAUUUAUGAGUGACAUGGCAGUGCCUUUUCUUUAUUUCCUUUGAUGUUCACUAUAAGUGAAAUGCAGCAUGGUAACACAUGCAGAAGACCUAGACCUACAAGGUGCUUUUGUUUAAAUGCCAAGUGGAUCCUGUCUAAUGCUACCUAAUAAAUGGUCAGAUGACCCUCCAAUCCAUUGAAAACCUUCUUCCUUGUGUGUUUGUGUGCGUGUGUAUGUGUAUGUGUGUGUUUGUGUGUAUACAAACACUAGUGUGCCAAAGGUGGAGAUGAUUGCCCCCUCCAGCAAAGUAUGUGCUUUUCUUGUGUGUGCAUGUGUCUGUUUGCAUGAGUGUGCUUUGGUUUGAUAAUUGCUCCCCUGGCAGAUUAAAGAAAAAAAUGAAAAAAGGAAGUUUAAGCAACGGCUUGUACUGUCCAGUUUUGCUUUGUUUGAGCACCCCUCUCUCUAACUUGGUAACUUUCACUGCCAGGGAUCUGAUAUGGGUCAAUAAGAAGGUGUUAAGAAAGCAACGGUGGGCAUCUCCUGUACAUGGUGGUUUAUACCUGUUUGCAGCAUUCUACUAAUCAAAUCUCUUUAUCCCCUAGGAAUUACUCAUUGUCACAUAAUUUCUAGAGGAGCUUGAGCAAUUUCUAAACAGUCCACUCUUUUUAAGCUACUUAAUUCAAAGGCAAACAGUAUUUGAGGGCAGCUAUAUUCUUGGGUUAUCUGAGCAGCAUAACUACUGCUGGAAUAAUCAGACUAACUUUGGUUAUUUAAUGCUGCAAAUCACAGACUUUGGCAGCAAUUAGAUUUACAAGGUGCAGAAAGGAACUAGGGGAUGCAUAGAAAGAUCACUAAAUAGUGAAAACUGUGGCAACAUAGAAGACUUCGGAGAACUGGUGAUGCCCAUCCAAGUGAAAAACACAUUAAUAAACUUUCAUGCUAAUAUUGAGAUGAGUCUGUUUCGUACGAAGGAUCAGUGGAAAGGGGGAUACACAGGCUGAUUUGAACAUGUGAAAUGUCUGAUGAAGUCUUCAUUAGUAAUUGUAAACUGUAAGACUUCUUGAAAAUAAUACUGUCUGAAAUUUGAAACAUCUGGUUUUAAUAAAACUCUCCAGCCAUU